CGUUUCGCCCAUCCCGGGGCGCUUAGGAUACGACAACAUAUUCUCCUACGCUACCAGGUAGAAGGGUAGGCGGCAUAAUUUAUCCUCUUGUUUCUCGCUGAGAAAUAUACAUGUUGAUCCCCGGAGACCUAAUCUCUAUCUACUACUAUUGUUGAUAUCACACAUCCGCCACACCAUGGCUUCGUCCCAGAGCAAUUGAAAUCAUCAAGCAAUCAAUAUAUCAUAAACCGUACGCAUCAUAUAUUGCACAAUAUUAUUCCACGUCCCCAAAGAUAACAGUCACAAUGACGGAUGUCGCCCAGUCAAUCGACCUGCUACCCGCAUCCGAACUCCGGCCGGAGAACUACAAAUUCCCCGCGGGGAAAUUACAACGAUGCAGCCAGUCUGGUAAAAUACCCCUCGUGUUAAUUGCCUGUGGCAGCUAUUCGCCGCCGACGUUUCUGCAUCUGCGCAUGUUCUCGAUGGCGUCGGACUUUGCGAGGAUGAAUACCGACUUUGAGGUCGUGGGUGGGUAUCUCUCGCCUGUGUCGGAUGCAUAUCAGAAGGCAGGGUUGGUGGAGGGGAUUCAUAGAAUUCACAUGUGCCAGUUAGCAGUCCAGACGUCUAAGUGGAUCAACAUAGACCACUGGGAGGCUAUUCAACCAGAAUAUAUGCCUACGGCUAAAGUCCUGGACCAUUUCGAACAUGAAAUCAACUCUGUCCUAGGCGGGAUCGAAGAUGCUAAUGGAAAGCGCACGAGAGCGCAGAUAGCCCUUCUUGCCGGCGCGGAUCUGAUUGAAACCAUGUCCUCACCCGAUCUCUGGGCCGAAGCAGACCUUCAACAUAUCCUGGGCGACUUUGGCGUCUUCGUCGUGGAGCGCGCAGGGACUGAUCUCCGUGACGCAUUGACUAGUCUGAAGAAAUGGGAACACAAUAUCCAUCGUAUCCCGCAGGUGGUGCCGAACGAGAUCUCGAGUACGAAGAUUCGGACCCUGCUGAAGCAGAGGAUGAGUGUGGAUUAUUUGAUUCCGAGGGGGAUUAUUGAGUAUAUUGAGGGGAAUGGAUUGUUUAUGGACGAGGAGGAAGCGGGGUCUGGUAAGGGGGGUGAGAAGGUGGAUGGGCGGAAGUGAAUUGACUACUACAUGUAUGGAUUUAUGGGGUUAUACUCUAAAGAAGGAGAGGGGCGUUUGGUAUGUAUAAUAUGAAUCUUUUCUCUUCUUUAUUUCUUUUAGAAGGAGGUAUUUUUUUUUUUUUUUUUCAGAUGUUUAGAACGUACUGAGUUAGGUGUCAGGACUCUAGAAGGA